CGAAGAUAACGAUAGAGCCGCAGCCGGUAUAUCAGUUCGCAAUGAUGAUCUCGGGAUAAAAACAAGCUCAAUUUCUCUCAAUUACAGGAUAUGGAGGAGCACGCGCGCCAGCCUAGCCCCAAGCCGGUGCAGCCUGUAUCUCGCAAACGCGUCGCGCCGGUAAUCUCCGUGCUAACCCUAUGCCUCUUUGUCAACCUGUCAAUGAGCCUCUAUCAACUCCCCUCUAAUCGAUUGAUCGAGAGACGUCUUUGCGUAGACUACUACGUCAAGAAUGAUCCGUCGAAAAUCCAGCCUGGUGGCAGCGUUGAUGAGAAGGUCUGCAAGAUUCGCGAGAUAGAGAAAGACCUGGGUCGGAUUCAGGGCGCGAUGGAGACGCUUUGGGUGGCCGGAGACUUCAUCAUGACUAUACCCCUCAGCUUUCUAGCUGAGAAAUGGGGCCGCCGGGCAAUUCUCAGACUCAACCUUGUUUCGCGUUCUUUCAUGUUGCUAUGGGCUAUCAUAGUCGGCUCUUUUGACACCCUACUCCCAACUAAGGCCAUCGUGGUCGGCCCCGUGCUUUCAGUCCUUGGCGGAGAUUGCGUCUUUAACUCUCUUACCUACGGCCUUGUCUCGAAUUUAACCGACGACCAUGUUCAAAGAGCAAUUUACUUCGGAUACAUGAGCUCGGUGUCUUACGUCGUGGCCUUACUUGGGCCUGCACUAGCUUCAUCUACCAUGACCUUAUCGCUAUGGCUACCGUUCUGGCUCGGCAUAGUCCUGCUCUCAUUGGCUAUCCCAACCAUACAGAUGCUCUCCACGCAUGGAAAUACCGACAAAGUAACCGAUGGCGAUGAUGAGAGCCAGCAUGAACCUCUCCUCUCAUCCCCUCGUAUCAAAGCCCAAUCCCAUCAUGAGCCGCUACUUCAGUCUGUCAUUGACCGUCUUCAUACAAUCAAAACCAUCAUCGUCAGCCACCCAAAGAACUUCAGCUUGUUGCUAUUCAGCUUCAUGCUUACAUCUCUUGCAAGCUCAGACACAAAGCUUCUUGUUCAGUAUAUAUCUGCACGUUACGAGUGGACAUUUGCUUCCGCUGGGUACCUCUUAUCUGGGAAAGCAAUCGUCAACUUCUCGUUACUCACCAUCGUUAUUCCCAGGCUUUUGCGAUCUGCACGUCAGGUGCGACAUGAAGACAUGGUUGAGGAAGCGGAUAAGUCAAAUAUUCGGAACGCUAUGUACUGUCUUAUCGCAUCUGUGUUUGGCGCCUUGGGCAUUGCCCUUGCCAGCGGUAUUUGGAUGUUAAUCCCCUCCAUGUUUGUCUACGCCCUUGGCUCUGCCCUCCCUAUAUUCACCUUAUCCCUUCUCAAAUCUCCAGUCAUAUCGCCGCCUCAUUCUUCCGACUCUUCCGAUCCUGAACCUCACAUCUUCUCCAUUGUCAUGCUGGUAAAGACGGUUGGUUCGCUUUUAGGGGUGCCUUUGAUGGCAGCGCUCUGGGUCCGUGGUCUUGGGAUUGGCGGAAUGGCUCUCGGUAUGCCGUUCUUCGUCAGCCAGGCAUGUUAUGCUGUGGCCAUUUGGGUUUUUGUAAACAUAGAAGUAGACCGUGAUGUAUUAGCUGCUACCGAGCGGAGGAGAUGCAGCCGAGACUAGAGCUCAGAGAUUGUCAGCUCUCAGUUCAUUGCCAAUCAAGACAUGUUCGCGAUCUCCUAGUCAUGUCGAAAUGCUUUGAAACCCCAACAAGAAUGGCCGGGUAAGGCCGGCAUGUUGGUAUGAGGAACAGCCAUGCCAUCAUGGUUGCAUUUCACAACAUUGAAGGAUAUGAAUUGCUGCCUCAGGUUAUUUCUGGA